UUUUAUUGUGCGCCCCCUUGAAGGUGACACUCAGUAUAGUGUCUCAUAACGGAACUGAGAUUGUCAUUUCAUGGUUUAUUGUUUAAGAACAGAGAGCAUUCGGUCGUCAGCUGGCAGGCAUGGAUAAAUUAAAACCUUUGCUUAGCUUCGCUCAGAAACAACAGACUAAUUUUGGAUUCGGUCUGAUCGCUCUUAUAACUGCUGGUGGCGAGCACAUCUUCUCGGUCUUUGCUUUUAAGUGUCCUUGCAAUGAUUGGAAUUUCGUUUAUGGCAACGUCUGCCUCAUCGUACCCGCGCUUGUACUGCUUAUAUUAAGUUACAUGUUGAGCAAUAAAACAUGGAAAUUGUUUACGGGUCUGUGCCUUAGGAAAUCGAGGCUAUGUCGUUUUAAAUACGCGAUUGGCUUUUUCUUUGUUUUUCUUCAAAUCACCACCACUGCGAUGGUCGCUCCUCUCAGCUGGAUCGCAGUUGCUCUACUCAAAGGGGUGUAUUUCGAGUGCUCAUUGACUGGGGCCAACAUAACACUUUUUAGACGUCAGCUUUGCAACGAAAAGUUUACUCACUGUCGGACAGAGUUGGAGAAGUUCCCGUGUGACGGAACCGCAGUUCCGCAGAGUGAGAGAGUGGCUGUGCUGUCCAUCAUACGCGCAGAGUCGCAGGUACUUGGUUGGAUCCUGAUAGGUUCUGUGAUAACGUUCACUUUUCUGCUCACAUGCAUGGCCAGAUGCUAUUCUCCAAUCAGUUACAUGCAACUAAAGUUUUGGAGGAUGUACACUCAGAAGGAGAGUGAGUUUUUGGACAGCUAUACAGCUCAGCAUGCCGAAAAGCUUGCAAAGAGAAACAUAUCAAGUUUCUUUGAUUUAACCAAACCCAUUCCUAUGAAGAGUCCACCCAGACAGGCCUGGGAAAAGAUAUCCUCCUUUUACAAGUUCCGAAGCAUGGACAAAUACUACAGCAUCCUGCACAAGUAUGUGUGCACUUGUGAGGACCUUGAAAAUCCAUUAGUAAGGCAUUCGGUGAGGUCUGAAAAUGAUUUUUCAAACCCAGCAGCACUUGCAUUUGUGGAUGAAGGCAAACUGGACCUGUAGGCGCUGUCUAAUUGAAAGCUUUUCAUUCUUUACCCUGUUAUUAUGGGCAUGAACAGAGCUGUACCUUCUUCUUUAUUUUCUGUGCCUUUUACAGUGUCUGUUCACUGUUCUUCUUGUAUUGCUAUUUUAGCUUUUCUUUUGAAUACUACAGUUGUAUGGUUUUAACAUUACUGGGGUUUUGUUGUUUAAUUUGAAUUUUGUCUUUCAAUAUAUUUUUUAUAUGAACAUUAAAAAAAUUUGAUUAUGGCAAGUACAAGUUUUCAUAAUUGUCAGUUGUUUUCCUCAUUCAUUAGUAUUUGAACAGCUGUGCCCUGGCGAUUUCUAAAGGACUUUACAAACAAAGAGUUACAUUAUGCUAGACUUUUUUCGUGUCACUUCAUCUUGCAUCAUGCACAUGAUGAUUAGUGAUCUCAUAUUUCAAAAGGAAGCACUUUUAUGCUUUUUUCAUGAAGUAAUCGUGUAUCAUUUGAAAAUUACACCGCUAAAAGCUCACUCGAAAAAAAAAUCAAUAUUCAUUAAGUUCUAUACCAUUUGCGGGUUAGCGUUGAGGUUUAAAAUCUUUACAGGAGAAGUGCAGGGCACAACAGUCGGCACUAGAGCAGAACAGAAACUGUCUCCUCAUACAGAACCAGAAUGAAUCACUUCCUUUUUAACUAAUGUGAAGCAUUAUGUUGCCAUACACCUCUUUGUUUGACCUAACAUGCACUAAUCUGCUGUUCCAACCUCUAGGUUUUCAAAUUCCAUUGCUAGCAACCUCCAGAUUCUGGCAUUCCAAUAAUAAAAAGCACAUUGUCAGACCGACAAUUGCAUUGUUGGGAUUUUAUUUUUUUGCCUGCUGUUGCAUGAUGUGUACAGUAAAUGUGCCUAAACACAUCU